GGCAGUAUCGAACGUGGGCGCCGCGCAUGCCUGCCGCCACUCGCGAGCCAUACGCGCCACUCUACGCCUCUCGUACUGUUUAGUUCUUACUACUCGAACGAUGUGCAAAUUGUGAAAAACGGCCACGUAGCAUUUAAAAAAGUGAUAAUUAUGACAAGCAAUAUCUUAAUUAAAUACAAUGGGUUAUCUCAAUCCGGCGCAUAGAGCAGCGAGGCACUGGACUAGUCGAACCUCGGAAAUAUGGACAUCCAGAAACAGCACCUGUGCCCGCGGCUGGUGGAUUAUUUAACCAUCGUGGGCGCGCGGCCGUACACAACGGGGAAAGGCCUUGCCCCAGUUCAGGCACCGGAGUUGCUUCGGCGGUACCCACUGACGAACCACGAUGACUUCCCGCUGCCUCUGGACAUGGUGUACUUCUGCCAGCCCGAGGGCUGCGUGUCGGUGGGGCCGCGCCGCGCGCCCGGCAGCAUGGCCGCCAGGGACACCACCUCUUUCGUGUUCACGCUCACGGACAAGGACUCAGGCAAGACCCGGUACGGCAUCUGCGUGAACUUCUACCGGGCGGUGGAACGCGCGCCGGCGCCGGGCCCGCGCGAGCGCUCCACGCUGCGCCGCGAGUCGUGGCGCAAAUCCAUGGAGAAAAGCUCCGACUCGGCCUUCUCCAGUGACUAUAGGAGCAGCAACGUGGCUCCAAGCGACUCGGAGCGCGACUGCAGCGCCACGCUAGGCCCGCGGCUUGCGGCCGCACCUGACUCUGAGAGCGGCGGGUCUCACUCACCUAGCCCCCGUGCGAGUAGGAAGCGACAGCGGAUACGGAACCACUCCCUGACGUCGCUGUGCCUGCUGUCGCACCAUCCGUUCUUCUCCACAUUCCGCGAGUGCCUGUUUAUCCUGAAGAGGCUGAUCGAUGCCUGCAACGAGUCUUCCAGUCCGCGGCGCGUAGGCGCGUCCAGACAAAUAUUUAGGGAUACAGUAUGGUCAGUCCUCACGGGCCAAGCAUACGACAACACGCCAACAAUAGUCCUGCACGACGUGAAAGAGAUCGAAACAUGGAUCCUCCGACUCCUGUCAGCGCCGGUCCCGGUGCCCGGCAAGACCCGAGUGGAGCUGGAGGUGCUGUCACCCACCGCCCACUCGCCACUGCUCUUCGCGCUGCCCGACCACACGAGAUUCACACUCGUGGAUUUUCCACUGCAUCUACCGCUCGAGCUUUUAGGCGUCGACACAUGCCUCAAAGUGCUAACCCUGAUCAUCCUCGAAAACAAAGUGGUGGUCCAAUCUCGGGACUACAACGCGCUCUCCAUGUCAGUAAUGGCGCUGGUAGCCAUGCUGUACCCGCUGGAGUACAUGUUCCCGGCCAUCCCGCUGCUGCCCAGCUGCAUGAACUGCGCGGAGCAGCUGCUGCUGGCGCCCACGCCCUUCCUCAUCGGCAUACCGGCCACCUUCCUGCAGUAUAAGAAGAACUUUAGGUUACCAGAUGACAUUUGGCUAGUGGACCUCGACGCUACGAAACUGUGCGCCCCUAGCGGCAACGACCACGAACUACCACCGCUGCCCGAACCCGAAGGAUCCGUACUAAAAAGUCACUUGAAACAGGCCAUGCAUCUUAUGGAUAACAACGGAUCUGGUGCUUUGAGCAGCCUCACAAACAGCUCGGCGGAGCAAGCCACGGCGCCCCUCAUGCCUUCGAGAAGAGACAGCGUCGGCGGGGCUACUCUCAAAGUGCAAGCCCCAACGUUCCGGUCAUCAACGGACGGCGCGCAAUCCCUGCCGCACAGCACGCCCGAAAGUCGUCGCGUGUCCAUCGCGAGCGCCGGCGCCGCUAGCGUCGGUCACACGCCCCAACGUGGCUCCCUCGCCUCCCCCCAGCCCUUCAACCCGCUCAUCUACGGCAAUGAUGUGGACUCUGUGGAUGUUGCCACGCGGGUUGCUAUGGUCCGCUUCUUCAACUCUCAAAACAUCCUGGCAAAUUUUAUGGAGCACACGCGAACGCUACGGCUGUACCCGCGGCCCGUGGUCGCCUUCCAGAUAAACAGCUUCCUGCGGUCUCGGCCGCGGACCACCUCAUUCCUCAACAAAUUCGCACGCACUCAGGCGGUCGAGUUCCUAGCGGAGUGGUCACUCACACCAUGCAACGUAGCGUUCCUGCGCGUGCAAACGGGUCUGUUUGACCCACGACAAGUCGGCGAUAAGCCCAAGUGGUUCGCAGAGCAGCUGCAACCCAUCCGGUUUGCCGUGUGGGACGACGGCAGCUCGCUCAACGGCGCGUUGCGACAGCUGCAGCGCCAUGAGAACCAGCCCACAGAUGAAAGUGGAUCAGACUCUGAAGCCGCCGAAAGCACCAGCUCUUCAUACUCAUCGCUCAGUGACUUUGUCUCCGAAAUAGUCUCGUCUGAUCUAUCACCAGGAAACCCACACCAACAACACGUGAUUGGAGAAACCUACAGCGCAGUGGUUCAAGUGCCUAUGACCCUAUCUUCAUCGUUAGACCCUGGAACGGUGUACAGCCCGCCGUCAUCGCUGAUGUUCGGCGAGGCGGAACCGCGUGGACGCGCGUCCACAUCUCCCUCACCCUCCGGAUCGAGCAGUGAGCAUAGCGAGCUGUCUGACGACGAACCACCUGGCGACCUGCCUGCUGAACCCUCCCCGCCGGUGAAAAAGAGCGAUACGGACAGCGGCAGUUUUGGACGAGAGUCAGACUCUAACUCGACGACGACGCCUAAGACCGUGGUGGCUCGAGGGCGAGCCGCAGAUAGCGCUAGCGGCUCCACUAGUGACAGUGACAGAGCGCUCACGCCGUCACACCCUCCACACGUCAAGCGAGCAAACAGUGGCGUGUCUAGGCAAGCGUCCCAGACCUCCUUGCUGGAGCAGUUCGCGGCACAGGCCAAGGAGCUGGUCCGGGAGACCACCCGCCAGAGCAGCCAGGAGGGACUGCUCGCACAUAUGGACAAGAAAGGAAAAGCGGCAGACGGUGAAGAAAAGAAACUGUUUGCGCCUUUCGGACAGCUGACGCUACACGCCAAAAAGGCCGCAGAGGAAGCGUCUAAAAGCGUCCAAGAAGCGUCGAAGUCUGCCCUAGAAGCCAGCAAGACUGCCACGGCUGUCAGCAAGAACACUUUCGAAGAUCUGACUUAUGUUGGGAAGUCGACGCUGGGAGACCUCACUAAGAGCGCUAAAGAAGCCGCGGCUAAGAAAGGACUGCUUAAGGGUGAAAGCCAAGACGCCCCUUCUCCGCCGUCCGGGCCACCCCGGCGGGACUCGACUGCGCUGCAGACGACCAACCUCCUGGCGGCGACUCAUCGGGACUUCUUCUCCAACAUCAGUUCCGAUCUCAACGGACUAGCUGCUUCCACCACCAGCAUGUUUAGCGACUUGUUCGGAUCUAAAGGCAAGCAGCAGAAGCCGAACGAGGCCAUGCGCGGGGCCGGUCGCGGGGCUGCGGCCUCGUUCGGUCCCUUCUCGGGUGGCGCCCGAGGGCUGGUGGCGCGGUCGCCGCUAGUGCGACACGCCGCACCCGCCGCGCCGGCGCCUGCGCCGCUUGACCGAACCAGUGCGAACGCGGAGAACCAGGCGUUCCUCAACGACUUGGUGCAACACGUCCUGGAGGGCGAAGGUGUGGGCUGGCUGAAGCUGAACCGGCUGAAGAAGCUUAUGGAAGACGAGUCCUACCGCAACAUGGUGCUGAGCAAGCUCAACCGCAACCUCAACCGAAAGACCACGCCCAACGACAAAGUCUAUGAUGUGUUUGUCAGCAAACCGGUGUGGAAGGGCAUGUUGCGGGUGCUCCAAGCCGUAGUGCACGGGCUCGAGCACACCUAUUCCAACUUCGGGCUGGGUGGCAUGGCGUCUGUUUUCCAACUGGCUGAGAUGGCUCACACUCACUACUGGAGCAAGGAGGUGGCCGGUCUGGAGCCGAGCGGUAUGGGUGGCUCAGCUUUCGCCGACAACUACCUCGACACGCCGUCCGAACCCUGCUCGAGGAAGAGCUCGCAGUCAGAUGUGCCGACAGUGAACUAUCCCGAGAUGGAUUCGUCUGAAGCCCAAAGCACCACCGAGAUGUUCAAAGACAUGCUGAACCAAAAGCGAAACCUCCUGUUCAGUAAACUGACCUCCUUCGAAUCCGACGCGGCGCCGUCCUCCGACUGUUCCGGCGACGAGAGCGGCUCGAUCACCACCAACCGAUCCAAUCUCUUCGACCACCGCGCCUCCUUUAAGUCCAACCUCUCUGAUACGGAGGUCAUGUUCCUCAAUAUGGGUCGCGGCGCCGCGACUAGCAAGCCUCGGGCCUCGAGCGUGUUUUCGUCGAAGUCAUCACUCGGUGGAUACCGGCCUCCGGCCGGAGCGCCGGCCACGUCGCCCGUAACGUCUCCGGAUACGGCACGGACGUACCUGUUCCAAGGACUUAUUGGCAAGGAGAGAUCUAACCUAUGGGACCAAAUGCAGUUCUGGGAAGACGCGUUUUUAGACGCCGUGAGUCAAGAACGUGACAUGAUCGGCAUGGACCAAGGCGCCAAUGAAAUGAUGGAACGGUACAAAUGUCUGAGUGAGACGGAAAGAAAACGCCUAGAACAUGAAGAGGAUAGACUGCUUUCUACCGCUCUUUAUAAUCUGACUGCAGCUAUGGUUCUUUUCGACGUACAAGCGGAUAUCGUCCGGAAUAAAGUCCGGAGGUUACUUGCGAAGAGCCAUAUAGGACUCGUUUAUAGCCAAGAAGUCAAUCACCUGCUUGACGUUGUUCAUACGUUGCACGGCAACGACAUCGACCUGAAGCCUCUGGGUUCGCGGUUGCUGCGGCGGGCCUCGUUCACAGUUCACGAGACCGACGCCAGUGGGGAACUAAGGUUCAUGGAGGUUCGAGACGACGGGCUCGUGCUGCGCUCCACGCAGGGAACAAUCGUGGAGAGAUGGUGGUACGAAAGGCUUGUCAAUAUGACAUACAGUCCGAAAAUACGAGUUUUGUGCCUUUGGAGGAAGAAUGGUGGUCAGACGCAACUGCAUAAAUACUAUACGAAAAAGUGCAAAUCGCUAUACUAUUGUAUAAAAGAGGCCAUGGAGAAGAGUGGGCGGAGUCAAGACGCCGCGGAGCUCGGAGGCGAGUUCCCCAUACAAGACUGUGCCUCGGGAGAAGGCGGACUUAUACAGGUGUGCAUGGAAGGCGUUGGCCUGCUGUUCCAGCACAGCAAGGAUUUCGAGUUCUUCGUGAGGCUCGACCACAUCCGGAAGUGCUUCACGCAGAACGGCGGUAUCUUCGUUUUAGAAGAAUUUAAUCCAAAAACAAGGCAAAUAAUACAGAGAAAGUACAAAUCAAUAAUGGCGGACCAGAUAUGUUACGCGGUUCUCUGCGUGUUCUCAUACUUCGCCGCGGGCCACGAGCAAAAGAAGGCAAUUUUGGAGCAGGCGGCGCGCGUGCCUUCGCCGGCCGCGCUGGCCGCGCCCGCUGCGCAACGGAGCGUGUCUGACUUGGGACCGGACGCACCGGGGCUUAAGAACCGGACCAGUCCUCAGUUGCAGGUAGACAGAAGAUCCCCAGUGAACCGGUCGACAGACCCGCGAACAGCGAAGGAGCCGUCACCCACCCGGACGGACGUGCGUCGAGGCGAGACCCACCCGCAGUCGCCACGAGUCGCGCCAGGUCGACCCGAGCCGGGCCGGCCCGAGCCGAGUCGACCCGAACCAAGCCGCCCCGAGCCGAACCGGACCGAGCCGCCGCGGACAGCAUCGCAGGAGCCGCCUCGCCCGGCAGCGGAGCGGACGGCGCCGGGCGGCAGCGCACCGGCGCGGCGCGACAGCGUGCCGCCGCGCCGCCCGCCGCCGCCCGCGCCGCAAGCGCGCCUCGCGCGCGCCAUGUCGCAAGCCGCGCCUGCUCGCACACACGAUCCGCCCCUGCUCCCCCCGCGGCCCGGCGCGCGGCCCGCCGCGCCGCCCGCGCUGCCGCCGCGGCAGCUGUCCGCCGCCGCCGACCUCAACGCUGUGCCCAGCGGGGCACGCCCGCAGCCAGGCGCGGGCGCGGGCGCGGGUGCGGGUGCGGGUGCGGGCACGCCGCCGGCGCGGCGCGCGGCGCUGCGCGAGCGGCAGGGCUCGGUGAGCGGGCCGUUCGCCGCCACCAACCCCUUCACGGCGCCGCGCCACGCCGAGUUCGUCAUCCCGCAACGCAACAACGCGCGCCGCCCCUCCACCGACACCAACAACUCAUAGAACUCAUAUACAAACCCUGACCCCAAGUCCAGGAGCAAAUCUCCGAGUGUGAUAAUCGCUUCGUGCUGAUAGCGUUGAGUAUUUUUUUAUCACGCUGUAUACUUAUAGCGGUUGACCCUGCCGAUUUAGGGCUUCCCCAAACCUAUCGACGCGGAAUCGGCUCUAGUCGGUCAUAUUGCGUACGCGUGUUCAUACUCGUACCUACUAACGAGCGAUUUUUGAUCGGCGAAAGCCAAUUUCACGUCGAUAUGUUUGAGGAGACCGUUACUUGAAUUAUUUUUCCGACGAGAAGGACUCGAUUUAGAUAUCGGUUAAUCUUUUGUGUCACAUCGAACAUACUUUUAUUUGAUAGUAAAUACUUUUAUUUGACUCAUAUGGUGUCCCUGUGAUUGAACAGAUAUAGUAAUAAUUAGUGAACACAAAUCUAUAGUUAUUCAUAAACAAUCUAGACAAAUAUAGACAACCGAUGCGUAACUACAGAGUGACCUGUUUGUAUUUUGAUAUUUAUGCAUUGAAUGUAUACCGGUCCUCUAUAAAGAUAUCUUCUAUAAAUCUAUUUGUCUAUUUAUUUUACAUUUGUCGACAUUUUUAGUUCAUUUAGAUCGUUUUAUCGUAAAUGUCGUUCACGUUUGCAUCGAUAUCUAAAGGACCUAGGUAAUAUAAAAAAUGUUUGGUAUAAUCCGGUAUAGGUUAUGUGCUCUACUCUGCACUUAUAUCUAUAGACGAUCAACCAAAUCUUGGCACAAAAAAUGGCACCAAAUUUAAAUUUUCUCCCCUACAUUUUCAAUAUUUUUUUAAGAUUUGAAUUUUUUUAUCGAUUAUUCCGCCAAUGUCAAGGUUUAGGAAUGCACGCGUUUUAUGAAGACAAUUGGCCAGUGGGUGUCAAGAUUUGGUUGACCUUAUUUGAUAUUGAAUAAACAUAAUCAAGAGAAACUUUGUAAUAGUUUCUCCAGAGCUUAACUAUUUUUUUAUCGAAGCACACCGUGCAAGCUAGUCCUCGUUGAAUUAUAUAUUCAUACAUAAUCAUCUUACCGACCAUUAUGAUAAAAUCGACAAAUAAAUACUUUAAAUAAAUCUUACAAAUAUUGUAUGUAUUGCUUUGUGGUAUUGAUAUGUUUAAGUUUUAGGCUUGUGCCCCUUAGUGAGCUGUGAUGUUCCUAGCUAGAAUGUUGACAUAUUGUAUAUGUAGUAUUUUUUGUAAUUUGUUAAUAGUUUAAUCCAGUAAUGAAAAUAAAGACUAGUACAGUCAUCAAAUAUGUGACGUUAUCUGGGUAAAGGGACCUAAUUGGACCUAAUAAUUCGAUGGCGAUUACGGCGUUAUGAGCGAUGUUCGUGUACAAAUACGACGCCGCGGGACGUAAGCGCCAUCGACAAUAAGGUCCCUUUACCCAGAGAACGUCACAUAUAUAGUAGCAGUCAAGAUGGCCGGAUAGUUGAUCACAUGUAUGUUUAAUAUGCUGUACCCUGCUGUAUCAAACUAUUUGCCCAUUUUGCCUGAUACAUAAUUAUAUGCCAUAAGCCGGCCCUUUACCAUAUCUCUUUCCACAUUUCAAUAUCUGCGCAAGUAUGUUAUAUUAUGGACAAAUCAAAGCUUUGAGCGUUAAUUAGUUAGUAUUAGUGGCCCGGUGUAAGUUUGAUUUUUACGUUGUUUAGUUUCCCAGUUACUAUAUCUAUGUAGUUUCAAAAUAUUUUGUUUUCAAUUUAAGAUUUUAUUUAAAAAAAUACCUACUUGCAUAGUUUAUUAUCUAUAUCUGAAAAUGAUAAUAAAUUAAAUUAAAAUUAAUGGAUUAUAAAGCAAUAUUGUUUUAAUGUUUGUGUAUAUAAAAUAAAUAAUAAUAUUAUUUAGUAUUAGGUUUAGUAACAUAGUUAUGUGUACCGUUUAUAA